GCUAGGCUAGCAACUUACUGGGAAUCUGGAAUUCAAUAUCUUCUUCAUCUUCGUCUUCAUCCUCUGUUCCAAAAUUGCGUUUUGUCUGUGUGUUUCGUUAGACGGCUGCUGCGGUUCUGAAUCGGUGCUCUCGCGAACACUUGCCUCCUUUUCAAAAUGGCUCAUUGCCUGAAAGCGGAAAAGAGUCAGUGAACGGUGUAUGAGUUAAGGAGAUAUGAAUAGAAAACUAUCUCUCACCAUCGCCUUCGCAUUUUUGGAGAUAGGCUUUCCGUUGAGUUUUCUCAUUAGGACCUCCUCGAACUUCCGGUUCAGAAAUGUACUCCCGCACUGGCUACCUCCGCCAAUAGCAGUCUCCUCCACCUCAUAUGGGUAAUCCACAGAUUUCAUCUUGUACGUAAUCAAGUCCACAGUCCCUCCACCAGCAUCACAGAUUACCACGCUCUCCCCAACCUUGAUGUGGUGUGGAUCUAGCGCUUUAAGUGCAUAAACAGCAGCCGCCUCGGGCUCCGACGUCAUCUGAAGAGAUGUGGUGUCGCCCAUACCGGCUCUCAUCGCAGCAGUUCGCGUCUUCUUCUUGGCAAGAUCGGACCAGACAGCAGGGACAGUGAUGAUCCAAUCCAGCUGGCAAUCCUUCAUCACGGCUGAGCCGUAGAGUUUCUCCAAGUGAGCGACGGCAUGCCUGCGCAGACCUGUCAGGUAUGCGGUUACGAUAUCUUCUGUAGUGCGCUGAUAUUCAGGGGGAGACACGAAGAGGUCCUUUAGUGUCCUUGAGAGUUGAGUCAAUCUGCCGACUCGGGAAUUGUCUGGAUCCAGGUCCAGUUUGAACCAGAUAUGUCUCUCCUGUCCAUGUUUGAUCUGGAAACCCCAUUUGAAUUGUUCGUUUCCUGGGCCGUCGAAGCGGAUUUCACUGUGGAAAAGAGUAAAUUAGUCGGUCAUGCUUGAAAUUCAACCUACUGUGAGGUCGAGGGUUUUCAUAUAUUUCCCUUACGUUGGAACUUUUUGACUGCUUACUCCUCGACCCCAGUCGGUGAUAGGGAUAGCAGCGUCGGUUCGCUAGUUUUAACAAGAAAAUAGCGGACUGCUAUUAGCCUCAACCCUGCUGAAACCCUGCGAGAACUUGCCCCUCUCCCCCCCCGCAAAAGUCGAGAUAUUCACGACAUACCUGGGACGGGUCACUGAACGCAAGGCCAGAAUACGUCGUCCCGAAGUCGACGGCUAUCAUAAUACUUGUAAGCAUUUUGGUAGGAACAAUUUCUUGAUCUCUGCUUUCCAGCAAAAUAAAGCUACAAAUUGCUCUCCUGGUGUCUGGCACGAAUGUGGAAACGAUCGAUAUUUGGGGAAGACCGACGUCCUCGGCCACAGCACGAGCGCAGGCGAAUUUAUAUAUGUACGCACAUUACAUGUAUGUACUAGAACCCCGCGUACACAGGUUUGGGUGGAACGCCGAAGAGGCUCUGCUUGGUGGGUGCUGGUUGAGUGUCAAUCAAUAUUAAUGGCCCAGCUCAGACGGGAAUUGUCACAACCCUGAUCGGACCAGCGCAUGUUCGUAUUUAUCGCGCUCUAUUGGUGGUGGCCUGCUCGGUAGCAAGGAUCCAUGCUCUAGACCGUGCUAUCUAUGGCCGGCAGUGCACGCCAGUCGUCCCGUUGUUGUUGAACGCCCUGGAGAACAAAGUGCUCAUAUUUUAGUGCUGCCGUGACCUGCCACGUCUGUCAGCCUUGUCCCAAGGAGAGCGGGCUGGCUUGACUCCUCAAUGAGCUCAUGGGAAAUGUUCGUGUCUUCCUAUAAGGCGAAAGGGUCCAGUGUAUCUACACCCGUAGAGAUCGUUUUCUUUCAUAGUACAGGACAUACAUGACAUUCUACGAGAUAAUAAUACGCUUUGCCAACCUUCAAACAUGAACUCGAGGGGAGAUGCGUCGACGUUGUCGACAGCUCGGAAAAUUGAGGAGCUGGAUCAUUUGAUCGAAGUCGAUGAACUACAGCAAGAUUUCGCCGCGCUUGAGAAUAUCCCAGACGAAGAAAGCAUGAGAAGCAAAGUUGGCACUGCAGAAGCGAUAUUGGAUUCGCAAACAACGACUACAGCACCCCGCCGCCUGGGAAAAGACCGGCCCCGUUCAAAAAGUGCUACAGGAAUACGCCCAGACGUCGGAAACCAGAGCCCUGUUCGUAAUGUCCAUGUUCAAGAACCGAGCGCCACUCGGCCACCUGUGCCUCCCCACAGGUCAGCAGCCGGGAAAGACAACGCCUUUAUUCCAAAAUCCCAUGCGGAAAAAGAACCUCCCAGAUACGUCUAUAGAGGUGCGCUCGACGAUUCCCCCGAGAUGGAACUUACCCACCAGGUACACCGCGGUAUCACGCAGGCCGGGAUGGGGGCGUCGUAUGCUGAAAGAGCUAGGAGAGCUGUUGCCCCUGAGAUAGAUAUCGAAGGCAUGUAUCAGGAGCUUAUGUACUACCGUCGCGCUACACAACAUGCAUUCCGGGAAUCCGAGUAUUAUAAAAGGGUUGCUGGCUCGCUCCAUAAAGAGCUGGAGGACUGUAAGAAAGAUCUAUGGGAGGCGCAGGACGAGAAGAAGGCGCUGGGACAGCAAAUCCUAGACCUAGGAACGGUAGCGGAAGGGGUGACGGACGAAGUCCUGCGAAGAAUCUUCCAAAAUACCAUCGGAUCCGCGGUAGAAGCUCACUCCAAGGUUUUUGGCAAACCCACAGGUGACGAUGCUGAGCGUUUGGGGAGACUGCUCAGCCCGGAAUGUACUAAGUUGCUACAGCAGUUUGGUAGAAAGUACUACCACAGCUUGCUUGCCAGUGCACUCUUCAAAGAAACUGCUGAUGCAGUCGGGAAGAAAUACGUGGUGGGAGCAACAUCGGGAAUUUUAAGGCUCACCAGAGAACUUGGCGUGGACCUUGAUCCCCGUAGUUCAUUGACGUUUUUACAGGUGUUAGAGGAAAUUCUCCAUUUACCAUCGAUGGGGGUACCACAGCGGGAAAUUAACGUGUGGAGAUCCAGCUUCGUGAAGCUUCUCCAAUACCUACCCGAAGUCAAGGAACUAGCAAAUUCUUCCGGGGCCAAAGCGAGCGCAGAAUCAGAGCUUUUGGAACUCGUCGAUGAGGUAUGGGCGAAACUGGAACCGCACAUCCCCCUAGGAGACAAGGGCCGUCGCGGUCUGCAGAAGCUAUUAAAGCUCCAGGCAAACCUUCGCGUGAAAACUAGCCUGUCCCUCGCGUCCUACGAGCUCAAGUUCCACGAACCGGGCACGCAGUUCAACGUUUCGACCAUGAGAAUUGUCGAUAUUACGGAGGGGGAGUGCGAGGACGACGAACUUCACAGACUCGACAGUGAGAGUUGCGGUCGAAAACUCGUUGUCGGGUAUUGUUUUUUUCCGGCUCUUUAUAAAUGGGGCAAUGAUCGUGGAUUUGAUAAUGAGAAGGGCCAUGUCGUCGCGCGCGCUACUGUCUUGCCUGUCUAUGAAGAUGACCCCUUUUUACAGCAGCAGAUAUUCGAUGACGCCAACCAACCACCAAAACUCGACGACAUCCCGAUGGCAAAUUCUCAAUCUUGAAGCGUCAACGAAAUUCUUAAAAUCUAGUCCACGCCCAUUAGCGGAUAAUUCGAGUCUAUAAGCACGGCUACAUAUAAGAAAAACAAACCGGUUAUCGUCGAAUUAAUAUUUCUUUUAGUUGCGAUCAUUGCAGUUCAUUACAUCCCCCCCAACUUUUUUUUUUUCCCAUCUAGUGUAGUCUGGGUUUGGGUUGUGGCGAGGGGCGACGAGACGAGGAGAGAGAGGGGGCUGCCCGACCACACAAUUGACACUUGACACUUCAACUGUGCGUGUAGUUAUAUAUAUAUGUGAGAUAAUAGUUAGGAGGAUGUUGAAGAGGGUUGUUGAACUAUUUUCAUGGGCUCUGGCAAUGGGAUAGUUAUAUGGGAAAUAGAGUUAUAGCAUCGAAGGGGGGAAGUGCUUCCCCAUUGUUCAUUGGCAGGUCAAUAAAUGUGGAAAUUCCAGGAAGAGUUUCUUUUUAAGAGGAUACUGUAUACAACGCCCUUUUUUCACUAUUAAUUGAAGAAGACACUGCAUUGACAUGUAGAGAACCUCCUACCUAAACGAGUAUCGCUUGAUCGCGCCAGCCCCAGAUAUAACUAUCUACCAUUGCACCCAGU